ACUCCCGCGCAGCUGUGCCACAAUAAUUCCUCGGAAAAAGUUUUGGAAUUGUGCGUGAUAAUUCAAAGACAUUCCUAGUGAAGAUUUCUCAGUGAAAAAACCCCUGGAUUUGUAUAUAGUGUCAGCGAUAACGUAGAGCAUCGCCACGCCGUAGCUGGCGCGCACCACGCUGCGCGGCACGACCGGCCGGAACGACUCGCCCACCUCAUUCGCAUACCCUGGAACAUGGAUUUGUUCAGUGAUGGGUACAUAACUAGAGACGAGAGGACCCCAACCCGGUCUAACCAGCAGUUCAACGUGGUGCGGAAGGUGUACCAGCAGGACACGCUCAACAGGGACGCAGAUUACCAUCAUCCGCACACGUCAUGGCGCUACCAGUGCAAGAAGUUUAUUCGAGAUUGCGGCUUCGCCGAGUGCAUCACAACAUCCGUGCCGCUGCUGCGAUGGCUGCCGCAGUACUCGGUCAAAAACUACCUUCUAGGAGACCUCAUUGCUGGAGCUACCACCGCCAUAAUGCACAUACCUCAAGGAAUGGCGUACGCGCUUCUAGCAGAAGUCCAGCCAAUAGUGGGUCUGUACAUGGCGUUUUUCCCGGUACUGAUCUACGUCAUCUUCGGCACCUCACCACACAUCUCGAUGGGCACUUUUGCUGUCGGCUGCCUUAUGGCUGGCAAGGUGGUACUACAGCAUUCGUUUCACCCGGCCCCGCAAAACUUAACAGGCUUGGUUACUGCAUUAUCGAAUAACUCAUCACAAAUAGAAGAUCAUGCUCCCCUCUACGAGCCUAUACAAGUACUUAGCGCAGUUUGUCUUAGCGUAGGAGCUCUUCAGUUACUAAUGUGGGUGUUCAGGAUGGGCGCAGUUGCAACGCUUCUGUCUGAGCCGCUGGUGUCAGGCUUCACCACAGCCGCCUCCUUCAACGUCCUCGCGUCGCAGUUGAAGGACCUCUUCGGGCUAACCAUACCUAAGCUUCCGGGAAACUUUAAAGUUCCACUGACUGUGAUUGAAAUAUGCAAGAACCUGCCGAAGCUCAACUGGGCCGCAUUAAUCAUCUCCUUCAUCACCUGUCUGGUCAUCGCGCUCAACAACGAACUACUCAAGCCGAGGGUUAGUAAGAGAAGCCGAAUCCCAGUGCCGAUUGAACUGCUGGCGAUCGUUACCGGCACGCUGGUGUCGAGGUUCGCGCUGCUGCAUGAGCGGUUCCAGAUCAGCCUCGUCGGGGAUAUACCCACCGGACUACCGACACCAAGUUUGCCGAAAUUCGAGAUUGUACCACUGGUAAUACUGGACGCGUUCACCAUCAUGAUGGUGACGUACACCAUCACCAUGUCAAUGGCGCUAAUUUUCGCUGCCAAAGAGAAGUACGAGAUCAGCGGGAACCAAGAACUUCUGGCAUUGGGUGCUAGUAAUGUGGUUGGGUCGUUUUUCUGCUGUGCACCUAUAUGCGCUAGCUUGUCUAGAUCAUACAUACAGUAUCAGGCCGGCGCGAAGACGAACUUGACGCAGGCAGUGUCGGCAAUGCUGAUCCUCUGCGUGCUGUUGUGGAUCGGGCCUUUCUUCGAGCAGCUGCCGCGGUGCGUGCUAGCCUCCAUCAUCGUCGUCUCGCUCAAGGGCAUGUUCGUACAAAUCCUUGAUCUGCGCAGAUUUUGGAAACUGAGCCAGUUGGACGCGUUCGUGUGGUUAAUAACUUUCCUCAUCACUGUGAUUAUCAACAUUGACAUCGGCCUGUUGGCCGGCCUGCUGGCAAGCGUGGGCGCACUUUUCAUCCGUUCUCAAAAGCCAUACACGUGCCUACUGGGCAGGAUGCUUAAUACCGAUCUCUACCUGGAUGUCAAGCGGUACAGAGCUGCAGAAGAGAUCCCGGGAAUAAAAAUCUUCCACUACUGCGGCGGUCUGAACUUCGCGACAAAGAACCUAUUUCGGACAACAAUCUUCCGCAAGACUGGAUACAUGAAGCCGGCCACAGAGACCUCGCAGCUCCACGAUGUGGACAAUAACAUCACUAAGACCGACUCCUACGAGUGGGAUCCUACUGUCGCUAAUCGGGUGAAAUGCAUAAUUAUAGAUGCAACGGCGCUGUCGUACGUGGACGCGCCGGGCAUUAAGAUGCUGGUCACCAUUCACAACGAGCUUACCUCCAACGACAUCAUCGUUUUACUUGCUGGCGCUAACGCGCCUGUCCUGGAAAUGAUAGAAAAGUACAACAACCAAGCUUCGGACAGAUUACAGCUGGACACGUUCCCGACUGUGCACGACGCUGUCGUCUACUACAAGAUAUUAGAAACAAGGAGACGCAAAGAUAAUCAGUUAGCAAUAACUGUUUCCACGUAGUGGUGGAGAACAAACAAAGUAACAAAUUAUAUAGGGUGAAAAUUUAUGAACACAGAUUUUAGUGAUUAGUACAAAUAGAAAAAUGCUGUGAUGUGAAACUUUUUGCACUUGUAAAGUAUUUUUUUUACUCUUCACACAAACGACUAUUCGCGCAGUGUGUUUACCGAGUUUUUAUUAAUGUGACUGCGGUGCCCCAACACAAUCCGCAGUAUUUACUGUUGUGCCCAUUGCGCAUUAAUACCUGUACGAGGGAAGUCUAUACGCGACAUACUAUUCAAAGUCAAUAUGAAAUAAUGGGAAUGUGGGAUAACAAGAAAGUGUUGUUUUUUUUUGUAAUGGAACACUAAAUUCAAAAUUUUUAUAGCUCAUAUGAGUUCAAAUUGAUUAAACUUCACCUCUAGAAUAGCAUUAAUUAUGUAUGAAAAUAUUAGGAAUGAUUUGUAACAAAUGAUAUGCAAAUGUUUUUAACAACGUCUAUUAGAGACAAAAACCUACGUUACUUACCGUAUAACUUGAUGGAACAAAACUAUGUUUACUUAAACAUCUUAAUUACCAGUGACUUACGUAAAUAAUUACGUAGAUACAAGAUUCCUAAAGAAAUUGAAGAUGUUUUAUACCUUUUACCUACUUAAUUUAAGUGUGUUGUUCAGAGCUAUAUAAAGUUCCUUUUGAUGAUCCUGCGUGACGUACCAACUUUUACAUCAAGUCGGAUAUGUCAACUUGUCGUGCGGUUGUACCAAUAAGCCAUACGUUAAUCAACAGGCUAUUUCGAAGUUGCAAAUGUCAUGUCACGAUGAUGGUAAUAGAAAUUUGUUUAUCUACAUAUUUCUUAAUGCAUUCAGCAGUGAAUAAACUAGUACAUUAAAUAAUAUAUUUUUCAAUUGUUAUUACUUAAAUCAUAUUUAACUAUGUAAUUUAUUAAUAAUUCUUUGUGGAACAUUGUACAUAGUAUAUUCUUUUGUAAAUCGUUCCAUUUUUAGAGCUCUGUAGAAGUUUAAGUCAAAUUAAAACUACUUAUUCGUUACUGUAUUUUGUGUUAAAUAUCCUUAUUAUGGAUAGGUUUUUUUUUCAACACUCAAUCAAAUGAAAUAUUCUCAAGCGAAAAUUCACUAUCCAGCAUGAUGACUGACUGAAACUUACUUAAAAUCGUAUAGUGAUUGUAUUCACAGAAAUUCGUUUCUUUUUCAGCCAGCGUCUAUUAAUUUAAUUUCAAAUAACACGGCCAAAAUAGCUGUAAAACAAGAAGUUGCUCCAUAUUUAAUUUAUAUUAAUUUCUAUUGCACUAGACUUUCAACGGUACUUCAUCUACUAUAUACACAAUACAAACAGGAACGAUUUUUUAAAAUACUUUUUAAGACUUAAAUUUCCUCUAUUUUUGCCAGUCAACAUGCAGGACGGUGUAUGUCACUUAAAACCACUAUUGGUUUGAUUAAAUGUCAUCGUAAUUUACUGAUCACCCAGCACAUGGAAUUACGUAUACUGAAUUUGUAUUCUUCGAAUAUUAUUCAUCAUAAAUCGUGAUGGUAACAAGGAUCUCAUGAAGUACAGGAAAAAAAUCUACUUCAAAAAACUCCAGUUUUGAGUUUAUUGAGGCAUGAACAGAUCCUAUAUUUAUUUAGAUAAGUACUUAUUGUUGUAAAUGAAUGAAUUGUUACCAGAAUAUAUUAAUUGUUCCGUACAUUGUAGUUACAUGGAAUUUAGUGUCAUAUAAAUAAGAAGAAAUUUUAGAUAGGCAAAA